AUGUCAAGACAGCUUGCAGAUAGGGAUAGACCAGUUGGUCGGGCAUAUGCAUAUGGGUAUACAAGUGUAGUUGUCCAGCUGGCGCGCAUAUCUGAUCCAGUAGAGCUAUUUCCAACUUUUGAUGAUGAUGAGGAGGAGCAGCCACAUAGGCGAGGGGGUCCUAGACGGAGAGAGGAGGAUGUGGGAGAGGAGGGAGGAGAUGGAUGUGGAGGCAGUGGUGGAGGAUAUGGAGGUGGAGGCGGUGGAGGUGGAGGGGGUGGUGGAGAUGGCAGAGGUGGAGGUGGAAGAGGUGGUCUCGUUCUUGGUGCGGGUGGGGGUGGUAGGAUAGGUGCGGUGUUAGCUGCUAUGGGAGGGAUAGAGGAUGAGAGGCGACCUAUCCAGAGGAGGAGAUCUGACAUUCUACCUCCACAAAUGCCUCAGACAGGGACAGGUGCAGUUAGGACUACGACAUAG